UGGCCUGCCGCCUGGAGAAGCGGAGUCACCGAGAGGGGCAAGCAAUCGAGCUGCGCAAGCGGACGCGAGGAGUGAGCAAGCGAAGGAGAUCGAUCGAUCGAUGAGGGCGGUGGUGAUCGCGAGCCCCGGCGGGCCGGAGGCCCUGGAGGUUCGCGAGGUGGAGGACCUCCUGGCGCCGGGAGAAGGCGAGGUGCUCGUCGAGGUGGCCGCCGCCGGCGUCAAUCGCGCCGACACGGUCCAGCGGCAGGGCCGGUACCCGCCGCCGCCCGGCGCGUCGCCUUACCCGGGGCUCGAGUGCUCCGGCACCAUCCUCGCCCUCGGGGCCAACGUCCCCGCGCGGUGGGCCGUCGGCGACCAGGUGUGCGCGCUGCUUACGGGCGGCGGGUAUGCGGAGAAGGUGGUGGUGCCGGCGGGGCAGCUGCUCCCGGUGCCGGAGGGGGUGUCGCUGACGGACGCGGCUGGCUUGCCCGAGGUGGCCUGCACCGUCUGGUCGACCGUAUUCAUGACAAGCCAUCUCUCCUCUGGCGAAUCGUUCCUUAUCCAUGGUGGAUCAAGUGGAAUUGGUACAUUUGCUAUACAGAUCGCAAAGCACCUUGGAAUUAAGGUUUUUGUUACUGCAGGAAGCGAAGAAAAACUAGUUGCUUGCAAAGGUUUGGGUGCUGAUGUAUGCAUAAACUACAAAUCUGAAGAUUUUGAAGCACGUAUUAAAGAAGAAACCAAUGGAAAGGGUGUUGAUGUCAUUCUAGACAAUAUCGGUGGAUCUUAUCUCCAGCGUAAUCUGAACAUCUUAGCUGUUGAUGGUAGACUUUUCAUUAUUGGUUUAAUGGGAGGUGCUGUUACUGAAGUGAAUCUGCAGGCAAUUUUUGCCCGAAGGUUGACCGUACAAGCUGCUGGACUGCGAAACAGAAGCCUUGACAAUAAAGCUCAGAUUGUCAGCGAAGUGGAGAAAAAUGUAUGGCCAGCCAUUUUGUUGGGCAAGGUGAAGCCGGUGGUUUACAAGACCUUUCCUCUAUCCGAAGCAGCUGAAGCUCACAAGUUGAUGGAAUCAAGCUCUCACAUUGGCAAGAUACUGCUCGUUCCAUAAUUUGGUAUGGUGAAUCAUGUGUGCCCACUCACUUGGAGCCGCUGUAAACACAGUGAUCUAUGUAUCUGCAUGUCUUUUCAUGUUGUAGACUGGUUACUGAAGCGCUAAUGAACUUGGUUACAUGUUUUGAAAUUUUCAGCGGAACUUGGAAGUCGUGCAUGUUUUCAUCUAAUGGGUGUUUUGGGUAAUAAUAAUUUAUUGGGUGAAGCCCCAGCA